AUGCUGAUCUCCCGUCAUAGUCGCUCUGAUUCGUACCACACUUGCUACGUCCUCGCAGGUCUCAGCUCCGCACAGCAUAAAUGGCAUUUCAACACGUCUGCACCGGAAACGGAAUCAAAUGGAACGCUUGUUUCACCAUAUCAAUGGACGGCCGAACACUAUGUUGAGACAACGCCGAUAUAUGAUGAGCAAGAUAAGGUGGGGACACUCCACCCAGUUUUCGUGAUACCAGAAGGCGUUGCAGAGGAGACACGCGCCUACUUUGCUUCAAAAGGGACCUUUUAG